AUGGGGGCAAAAGUGGAAGAUGCAGAGCAACUUAAGGUCUUGCGUGGAAGCCACAUGUCACUUUUACCAGAUCUAAUUUGUCACAGCAAGUCACCAAGCCAGCCCAGAUUCAAGAGGCAAAGGAAUAACUGUUACCUUCAUGGAAGGACCUGCAAAGAAGUUGUUGCUGCUGGAGGUGUAAUGGACGUUAACACUGCUUUACAAGAGGCGCUGAAGGCCGCCCUCAUUCAUGAUGGCCUAGCACGCAGCAUUCGCAAAGCUGCCAAAGCCUUAGACAAGCGCCAAGACUAUCUGGGUGUGCUUGCAUCCAACUGCGAUGAGCCUGUGAGUGUCAAGUCGGUGGAGGCCUUCUGUGCCGAACACAAAAUCCACCUGAUUAAGGUUGGUGACAACAAGAAACUAGGGGAAUGGGUAUGCCUCUGUAAAAUCGACAGAGAGGAAAACCCCAGAAAGUGGGUUGUUUGCAGUUGUUUGGUGUUUAAGGAUUCCAGCAGAGUCUCAGGUGAAGGUUGCAUCAAGGAGUACUUCACAUGCAAGAAAUGA